AUGGCCAAGCGAGUUUGGAAGCUGCAGGAUUUUGUGGCUCACUCAGGUCGAGUGCAAUGCGCGCGCCUGGGGGAGAAGUCGGGCCAGGUGUUGGCCACCGGGGGGGAUGACAAGCGGGUGAACAUUUGGAAGGUGGGCAAGGCCAAUGCCAUGAUGAGCCUCACUGGGCACACCAGCGCGGUGGAGUGCUUGGUCUUUGACAAGCAGGAGGAGGUUCUGAUUGUGGGCUGUGGUGGUGGAUCCAUGCAAUGCUGGAACCUGGAAUACAGGAAGAUGGCGGGGUCCUUGGCGGGGCAUCGCAAUGCCUGCACUUGCGUGGAGUGGUUCCACCCCUACGGGGAAUUCUUCGCGUCGGGCUCCAACGACACCAAUCUGAAGAUUUGGGAUCUCAGAAGGAAGUCCUGUAUCCAGACAUAUCCAGGCCACUCUGCUGCCAUCAGCAGCAUCCGCUUCAGCCCACACGGGCGCUGGGUGGCCAGUGGGGGCUUGGACAACCAGGUGAAGAUCUGGGACUUGACUGCGGGAAAGCAGAUGAAAGACCUGGACCUUCACAAGGCUGCGGUGACCUCGCUAGCGUUUCACCCCAAGGAGUACCUGUUGGUUUCUGGCUCGGCGGACCGGACCGUGAUCUUGUGGAGUCUGGAAAGCUUCACGAGCGUGGGCCUGUCCACUGCAGGCAUGACUGCAGUCCAGGCGGUGAAGUUUUAUCCGGAAGAUCAGGCAUGGGAGCUGGGUAUCAUCUCCUCCUUUUUCAGUUCGACAUUUCCCUCACGUGUUCUCGGGCAUCCUAUCGCCUACGCCAUGGCGCCAGUUGCAGUGGUUGACAAGUCUUCAAGGCCAUCUUUAUCUCAAGGGGAGGUCGAGGUGAUUUUGAAGCAAGCAGGGAUCGAGGAGAACUCUCCGGAUGCCUUUCACGGUCGUGGCGGUAUCUCCAUGGUGGUGGCAGUUGCAGUCUUCUCAUCUCUGGCAGGUUUGCUGAUGGGUUUGGAUAUCGGAUACAUCGCGGGAGUCAAGACCAUGGAUUCCUUCUCUGAGGGUUUGCUUCAUGAGGAGAAGAUCAAAGACACCCAGGACAGUUUGAUCACCAUGAUCUUCGGAGUGGGUGCCGCCGUGGCGGCCUUUCCACCGGUCAUGGAUUGCUGCGUCUCGAAGCUGGGCCGGAAGGGCGCCGUGAUCUUCGGAGGCCUCGUCUUCUGCCUAGGGGCUGCACUGCAGGCUCUAGCGCCUCAGCCGAAGGAUCCGAAGGAUCCAAAGGCCAUCAACAUGGCAAUGAUGCUGUUGGGUCGCAUCAUCGCCGGCUUCUCAGUGGGUUUGCUGUCGGGCAACGCCCCGGUCUACACCAGCGAGAUCGCACCCCCUGCGCUGCGCGGCGCGCUGGUCACGGGGUUCCAGUUCGCCAUCACGGUGGGUAUCAUGAUCGCCUUUCUCCUAGCCUUGGUCUUGGAAGAUGUCGAGAAACCCUAUGGCGGAUGGCGAUGGGUCAUCGCGGCACAGAUCGUCCCUGGCAUCAUGCUGGUGAUUGGCGGCAUCUUCAUGCCUGGCUCGCCUCGCUAUUUGGUACAACAAGGCAAGCCUCGGCAGGCGCUGAGGUGUUUGUUGUUGCUGCGCAGCGAGGAUGUGCGUGAAGAGCUGGCGGAGAUUUGCCAAGAGCAUGAGAUGGACUCGACCACGAAGGGCACCUGGGUCGAGUUUUGCUCCGGCGACAACUGCGCCUUGGUCCGCCUUGGUGGCGGGAACGCCUUCAUGUACGACGGCCCUUUGAUCUUCGACAAACUCUUCGGCAAUGAACACGCUGGGCGCCUUUUUACCCUAGUCUCAGGUGUGGUCAACAUAUUCGCCACCAUCCCUGGACUUUUCUUGGUGGACAAGUGCGGCCGAACGGUGUUGAUGAAGUGGUCCGCCGUUGGAAUGAUGUUUUGCUCCGGUGUCCUUGCGUCCAUUGGAGACCUGUGCUUCGAGGACGACAUCGGAACUUGUGGUCCUUGGGCCAAGUGGACAGCCACGCUGGCCAUUUGCGGUUUCAUUCUGAACUUUGCAUACGGCUGCUGGACAAUGAAAGGGGAGGCAGGAGCAGGCUGGGGCGGCAUGGCAUGGGUCUACUGUGCCGAGAUGUUUCCGCAGAAGCACCGGACCAAGGGGGUGGCGGCCACCACCGAUGCCAACUGGGUGGGCAACAUUUUGAUUGCCUUCCUGCCACCGUUGAUGUUUGCCAACUGGGGCUUCAACACGUUUUGGGUCUUCGUUGGCACCAACUGUCUCUGCCUCUUCUGCGCCAUGUCUUUGCCAGAGACCAAGGACAAGAGCUUAGAGGAGAUUACCUUGAUGUUCAACCACUGGUUCCACCCAGGUUGA